AGUAGAUCAUAACCUUCACAGAGAUGUUACAUGGCAUAUGUAGCAUAAAACACAGUCUAGUUAUGUUAUAUACAUACACAUACAUAAGAAUAUUUUCAUAAAGCCUUAUAGGGGCACCGACCGUCACACCUGCCACUCUCCCAGUGCUGCUCUCUAUGCCCAGCUCUGCCUGCUCCAGCCUGGCUGGAGGGCAGGAGUGCAGCCCACUGAAGGCUUCUGGGUAAUUACUACAGAGUGAGGGAGAUGCAGGAAUAGGGGCAGUGAGGAAUCCCUCCCCCUAGGGUACAGAUGGAGUGGGCCAGGCUGGGGGCUGGUCUGGUCCCAGGGGCUGGGAAGGAACCUGCUCUGCCAGGUUGGGGAUCCAUCCUGCAGGGCUCCCGCAUGCCCACCCUACAAGGAGAGCUGGCUGGUGGGCCUCCCCAAAUCCCCCCAUGUUGGGGGGCACUGCCCCUUGCAGAGCACAGCUCCAUGGCACACAGCACCCCUGGGUGGGGUCCUGGGACCUGCCCCCUGUCUGCAGGGGAACUGCCCCCCCAUCACACUAAAAGGGGCAGGAUUCAGCCCUGUGGGAGAUGGGCAGACGGGCACCCAGCCGUGCUUCCCGGUGUCAUGUGGGGGCAACAUGGGGUUCCCGCUCAGCCGGGCUAAAACCACGUGACCCCACCCCCCCGGCUGACGCCACUCCCUGCCGCUCAGGCAACCUCCACACAGGAAGCUGAGCCCCGGCAGCUCGCAGCUGGGUUUUGAAAGUCAUCUCUCCUCAGGCUCGUGCUCUCUCCCCCACCACCCGGUCCCACACGUCCCCUCGCCGUCCCCCAGCGGCAUGGCCGAGCAGGAGAGCCUGGAGUUCGGCAAGGCCGACUUUGUCCUCCUGGACCAAGUGACCAUGGAGCAUUUCAUGGAGAACCUGAAGCUGAGGUUUGAGAUGGGGCGGAUUUACACCUACAUCGGGGAGGUGGUGGUCUCCAUGAACCCCUACAAGCAGACGCAGCUCUACGGGAAGGACGUGAUCGAGCAGUACCAGGGCCGAGAGCUGUACGAGCGGCCGCCGCAUCUCUACGCUGUGGCCGACGCUGCCUAUAAGGCCAUGAAACGCCGAGCCAAAGACACCUGCAUCGUCAUCUCAGGGGAGAGUGGUGCUGGGAAGACAGAAGCCAGUAAAUACAUCAUGCAGUACAUAGCGGCCAUCACUAACCCCAGCCAGAGGGAAGAGGUGGAGAGGGUGAAGAACGUGCUGCUCAAGUCCAACUGCGUCCUGGAGGCCUUCGGCAACGCCAAGACCAACCGCAACGACAACUCCAGCCGCUUCGGCAAGUACAUGGACAUCAACUUCGACUUCAAGGGGGACCCCACCGGCGGCCACAUCAACAACUACCUCCUGGAGAAGUCUCGCAUCCUCCACCAGCAGCCGGGCGAGAGGAACUUCCACUCUUUCUACCAGCUGCUUCUCGGGACCUCGGACGCUCAGCUGGCCUCCCUCCAUCUCUGCAGAGACCCUGCAGCCUACCGCUUCACGAGCGAGGGCGCCAGCAACAACCUGCUGGCCAGUGAUCAGUCCAACUUCAAGGACGUGGCAGACGCCAUGAAGGUGAUCGGCUUCAGCCUGGAGGAGAUCAACUCAGUCUACAAGAUCCUGGCUACUAUUUUACACCUGGGCAAUGUGAGCUUCGUUGCCGAGGGAGAUGCCGUGGCGAUAGAGAACAGGGAGCUGGUCUCCCAGCUGGCGGAGCUGACCUCCACCCAGCCGGAGAGCCUGCUGAGAACCCUGCUGUACCGUGCGGUGGCCACGGGCGGCGGGGAGGUCAUCGAGAAGGGUCACAGCGCCAAGGAAGCCAACUAUGCCAGGGACGCCUGUGCCAAGGCCAUCUACGAGCGGCUGUUCUGCUGGAUCGUGGGGCGCAUCAACACCGUCAUCGAGGUAAAGAACUACGACGCCCGGCUCCACGGCAAGAACACCGUCAUCGCUGUGCUGGACAUCUACGGCUUCGAGAUCUUCGACAGCAACAGCUUCGAGCAGUUCUGCAUCAAUUACUGUAACGAGAAGCUGCAGCAGCUGUUCAUCGAACUGAUCCUGAGGCAGGAGCAAGAGGAGUAUCAGCGGGAAGGCAUUGAGUGGCAGCAUAUCGAGUACUUCAACAACCAGAUCAUCGUGGACCUGGUGGAGCAGCCGCACAAGGGCAUCAUCUCCAUCCUGGACGAGGCCUGCCUGACUGGGGGCCAGGUCACGGACGCCAUGUUCCUGGAGUCCAUGAACACCAAGCUGGGCAAGCACCCCCACUACACCAGCCGCAAGCUCUGCGCCACCGACAAAUCCAUGGAGUUCGACCGGGAUUUCCGCAUCAAGCACUACGCCGGGAAUGUCACGUACUCGGUGGAGGGGUUUAUUGACAAGAACAAGGACACCCUCUUCCAAGAUUUCAAGCGGUUGAUGUACAACAGCACAGACCCCGUCCUGAGGGACAUGUGGCCGGAGGGCGAGGUCAGCAUCACCGAGGUGACGAAGCGCCCCCUGACGGCCGCCACGCUCUUCAAGAACUCCAUGGUGGCGCUGGUGGAGAACCUGGCCUCCAAGGAGCCCUACUACGUGCGCUGCAUCAAGCCCAACGACCAGAAGUCACCGCUGCUCUUUGACGCCGAGCGCUGCCGCCACCAGGUGGAGUACCUGGGCCUGCUGGAGAACGUGCGGGUCCGCAGGGCCGGCUUCGCCUACCGGCAGCCCUACGACCGCUUCCUGCUCAGGUAUAAGAUGACCUGCGAGUACACGUGGCCCAACCACCUCAUGCCCACGGACCAGGAGGCCACACGGGCCCUCAUCGACCAGCAUGGCUUCCAGGACGACGUGGCCUAUGGCCACACCAAGCUCUUCAUCCGCAUGCCCCAGAUCCUCUUCUGCCUGGAGCAGGAGCGGGCCCAGCUCAUCCCCAUCAUCGUGCUCCUGCUGCAGAAGGCGUGGCGGGGAGCCCUGGCCCGGCGGCGCUGCCGGUACCUGCGUGCCAUUUACACCAUCAUGGGCCACUACAAGCAGCACAAGGUGAAGACAUACCUGCUGGAGCUGGUGCACCGCUUCCAGGGGGUGCGCAGCAUGGCCGACUACGGCAAGGGCGUGGAGUGGCCCGACCCGCCGGCGGUGCUGGCGCAGUUCCAGGAGAACAGCAAGCUGCUCUUCCGCAGGUGGCGAGCCAGGCAGAUAGUGAAGAACAUCCCUCCCUCGGACAUGGGGCAGAUCCAGGCCAAGGUGGCGGCCAUGGAAGUGCUGCAGGGCUUGCGCAAAGACUGGGGUUGCCAGAGGAACUGGGGCCGGGAUUACCUGUCGUCGGUGGCUGAAAACCCUGUCAUGGCCACCCAGUUCGCCAGGAGGGUGCAGGCCCUGAGGGACAAAGUGCACUUCGGCUCGGUGCUGUUCUCCUGCCAUGUCCGCAAGAUCAACCGCUUUAACAAGAGCAGGGACCGGGCCAUUCUCGUCACGGACCAGCACCUCUACAAGCUGGAGCCCAGGAAGCAGUACAAGGUGAUGCGGACCCUGCCUCUGAGCAUGGUGACGGGGGUGAGCGUGACCAGCUGCCAAGACCAGCUGGUGGUGUUUCACACCAAGAACCACGAUGACCUGGUCAUCUGCUUCCAUAAGAUGCAGCCAGAAGAGGAUAACCGAGUUGGGGAACUGGUGGGGGUGCUGGUGGACCACUUCAAAACGACGAAGCGCGAGCUGCAGGUGCGCGUGUCGGACUGUAUCCAGCUGAGCCUGCGCGGGAGGAAGAGGCUGGUUGCUGUGGAGAUGCGCCACGAACUGGCCUUCCCCGACUUCGGCAAGAGCCGGGACGGCUUUGUGCUUUACUGUCCCAGGAGAUGAGCCAGGGCUGCCCGGCGGGUCCCAGCUGGACAGCAGGGGGAGGGUCUGCUUGGCUGUGAACCCAGACCUGCCUUUCUGGGGAGGAGCUGGGACGCAGGACGCCGGGCCCUGCUCAGCAUCGGGCCCUCCCUUCCUUUGGUUUUUCGCUAGGGUUUUGUAAUCUUUUAUUAAAUGAGUUCAUCAUUGUGGCCAGAGCCAGACGGAGCCUGGAGUCCGCCAGCCCCAGACCCCCCCCAACCUUGCCUGCGGGCCCCGCUUCAGACACACCACUAGGGUGGGAAGGGCGACAGCCUGCAGGGCCCAGGCAGCUCGAACCCCGUGGCCAUGGGACACCCCCAAAUAUGCACGAACCGCUGUCAGGCUCGUACCAGACACACACCCUGGAACGAGGGACACGCAGGCACAGAGCCCGCAGAGGCUCCAGGAGCAGCUUUGCAAGGAGCACCCCAGAGACAUGCCCAGAGUCACCAUCCAGACUGCAGCAGAGGGGCUUCCUGAAGCUCUGGGAAGGGAGCACGGGCAGCCUCAAGGUGGGGAGAGACAGUCACCCAGGCCGGACCCUCCCCCCAGGAAAGCCCCUCUCUGCAUCACCCAGGCAGCCCUUGUCUCCCAGUUCCAGCCUGUAGCGCUGCUGGGGUUGAAUUCAUCUGUAACUGCUCCACUGAAGCUGCCGCCAUGGGCGGCCAAUCAGCACCCACAGCAGCGAUGUUCACAGGGGUGAUGUCUGGGGGGAUGGGGCCGAGCCCCCCACAGCUGCUAGAGGCUCUCCCCUUGCAUCGCAUGGAGCCAGUCCCAGGGCUCCUCUCAUCGGUGGUCCUCUGGGCUGCUGGCUUGGGGAUCCUGCCCUCACCCUCUCUCCUCCGUGGAUUCCCCUGGCUCUGUGGCCCCCUGGUUCCCAGAUCACCAACUUCUCCUUUAGCAGCUCUUCCGCCCUCUCUGUUGGCUGCUGCCCCGGCUCUCUCCUCUUUGCUGACUCCUGUGCCGAAGUGGGAAUGCUCUUAAUGUUUUCUCUGAAUACUGUGUGGGUGCCUCAGUUUCCCCUAUGCCUUUCUUAGGUACCUAGGUGUGGGGAUCAGGGUGUGUGAUUGUUGCAGAGCCCAAGAGGGCCCCGUGAUACUGUCUGGACAGAGAAUGACCAGCACUCUGUCUCCUGGCAACUAAUGGCCUCUACAAAGGUGCCAACUGAAGAUGCUGGAGAACAGAGGGAUCCGGUGACCUCCUGGCCUGGGAAAGGGACAAAGGCAGAGCAGGGGCUGGAGAGUUUGAGUUUGGAGCUGGCUGGGAAAAUGGAGGGGAGGCCAGGAGGUCUGUCUGGCCUCCCCUGGCCCCCCAAGAUGGACCUGUUGUCUGUACCUGCAAGACCUGUCUUGGACUGUGUUCCUGUUGUCUAAAUAAACCUGUUUUACUGGCUG